UUAUCCAGUUGGUGUUUUGAGCAAAUCGUUGCCUUCAAGGUUCCAGCAGCGAACAAGAUUGAACCGUUUCUUUGCAGAUGCUUUGCCCAUGCCGAGUUUAACUUCAACAAACGGACGAGGAAACUUGAAGCGGCGCUUUGUGCGUUCAUGUCCAAAGCUGACCAUCGGAGAAUGAUACAAAGGCCUUCUCGCGACUCUGAACAUGGAUGA